AUGGCGACCGGUGAGAGGCGAUCAAUUUUCAGGUUGCUCAAAACGUCAUUGACUCUGGACCAAGGCGACACACGCACGACUCGCCAUGGAGAGUGUCUCAGACAGUGUACGUACGACGCGAGAACAGUGUCCACAGACGCUGACCAGCAUGCCCUUCUCAGAGCUUCAGAGCAUGUCGAAUUUCACGUGAUUGCUCUGCAGGAGACCAAGUACAGAAGGAGCGACGUACGACAGAUGAAUGACGGUACACUCGUCAUUCGUGGAGAGAGGGUUCCGUCGCAAAAUAUAGGCGGUGUUGGUUUUGUUGUGCACCCAUCUGUCGUCCAUCUUGUCAAUUCUCACGAGAUUCUUUCACCUCGUCUGGUCAUUCUUCGCCUCCGCCAUCUGCGCCAAAAACCCAUCAGUAUCAUCAAUUGCUACUCACCGACAUCAGCAAUUAUCUCGUCGGGCUGUUGUCCGCCGCUCGCCUCUUUCAUGGGAACUCCUUUCAUGAAGAAUGAUCAUCGGCGGUGGACAUGCGAAUCGCCCAGUGGCGCGACUCGUGCGGAGAUCGACCACAUGCUCACCAACCGAAGGUGGUGUCUAGAUGACGUCUCGGUAGUACCAUCCUUUUGUAGUGGUUCUGACGACCGUCUCCUUCGCACGAAAAUACGACUUAGUCACAAGAUGGAAAAGAACAUCUGCUAUCGGCAACGAAGGAGAAAAGAAGUCAUCUACGACGAAUGCGUACUCGAGGGCUCCUUAUCCCAGGGUGACUGGCACAUCGAAGAGGACCCAAACGUGGACUACGAAAUGCUGCUCAGAGGAUUGCGAGCUUGUGCUGAGCGUGCCUCGAAGCCAAGACAAACUUGGAUCGAAUUUCGAAGACCACCAAGAAGUUGUUGGAAAGAAGAACGGCUUUGA